AUGUCUUCAUCAGCCUCCACCACAGACCUGCGGGUUCUCACCCGGAAACUCACCUCCAUCCCGCCAGCUCAGCUUCCUCACUCUCUCCCUUCGCUCAUCCGCCACGUCCUUCGAUGUCGCGAUGCUCUAUCCGCCCCUCAAGACCCCAAAGCCAAGGGCGAUGGUUCCCAAACCUCCAUGCUUGUCCACAAGCUCAAGACAAGCAUCACGACGCUCUUGAACGGCCGAAGCCGCGAGGGCAGGUUCGUUGCGAUUGGCCUGGUCAAGGCGGCUGUUGACGUUGGCGGAUGGGAGACGCUCCGAGGCUCUGCUGCGUGGGUGUCCGGAUUGCUCUCAAUCGUUCAGAAAGGAGAUCCUCCAGCUGCCAAAGAACUGGCUAUUGUGACUCUCACUAAAAUCUACAUGCUCGUUCAUCCUUACCAGACUCUUGUCCGAGAGGUUGCAACACCUACGCUCCCGGCUUUUGCAACGGCAUGCGUGCAGCUACUUAAGCAAAAGGGUGAAGCACAAUUCACACUCGCGCCCAUGAACCUGAUUGAAACCAUCUGCGAAUCGUUCUCGACUCUGAUUCCCCUCUACCCACCCACUUUCCGCCCCUUCAGCUCUCAAGUCCGCACUGCUGUCGGCCCCUUUAUUGCGCCAACUUGCUCGGAUGAAAUCAGUGUCCCGGAAUCUCUGAAACGGGCUGCCAGACGCCUCAUGGCCUCUCUUCACUUCGUUGCGGCCAAAGCAGGUGGCAGCGAUGAAUGGGUGAAGCUCGUUGAUGGCAUUCUCCAGGAGUUUCACACCACCGCCGACCAGGUUCUCCGAGCCGUUGACGAAUCAUGGGAGGCAACCAGCGGCCGUACACGAUCCAAAGUUGAUGUUGAUGUGGAGCCACACGGCGAAGGUAACUCUACGGAGCAUCUGCCUCGCUGGUCUGGCCUCGCUGCCGGCGCUGAUCGGUUGAUUGGCCUCUUUGAGUUUCUGGGCGAUUUGCUGAGUUAUCCCACUAAGACGGCGGUUGCCAUUCCCAUCAGCGGUCUUGUGGACACCAUCUCAAGAGUCUGUCUAAUUGCUCGAUUGUCAAAAUCUCAGUCCUGGGAGCAGGCUGUCGAAACCAAUGCCUCCAUCGGUAGAGAAGAAAAAGAGGAACUUUGGAGCUUGAUGCCCGACAUUCACGUAGCGGCAAUGAGACUCGCCGUGUCUCUCUUCCAAAGACUACAAAAACACAUGCUACCUCUGGUCCCCGAAAUCUUGGAUCACCUUAUCCGUGUCUUCAAGUCUGGCAUGAGCAUCCCGUCAGUUAGGAUAGCAGGAUACACAACCUUGAACGCCAUACUGCAACUUGCUGGACCAACACUAUCCAAACCUGCCGUAGACAUGCUGGAGCCCUUUUUCGGAGCAUGCUGUCGAGACCUUCAACAAGACGCUGGAUUGUUAAAACCCGCCGACAAACCCGCGGCUACCUCUAAUACGAACGGUAAAGGCACAAAGAGUAGCACCGGCACAGUCAACACCGACCUCUUCCUCCAGCCCCAAACAGCCGCCGCAGCCAUCGAGCCACCAGUCGCCUUGGACCCCGACCACAAAAACAUAGCCAACGAGCUGCUCACGGCCUUCCUGUCCCUGCUGCCGCAGUCUCACCUCAAGCCCGUCAUGCGCGGCAGCCUCGACAAGACAGCCUUCCUCACCCGCAACCGCGACGGCCUGCUCGCCAGCGUCCUCAACCCGUACCGAGACCACAACGGUAGAAUGUACCCCAGCGUCCUGUCCCAUUUGGCGCAGCAGUUCCCGCACGACCAAGGCCUGGAGAUCCUCCGCAGCAACCUGCGCACUAGCGGCAUUUCGGGGGCCGGCGGAAGCGAAAUGUUUGCCUCGCUAAGCGAAGUUGCAGAGCUGCAGCAGAUUGAUGAAGAAGAAGAGGAGGAAGAGGAGCAGCAAGAUGAAGAAAUGCAAGAUCAAGAUGACCAGAAUAAAUCUCCGGAGAAGGAGGCGGCAUCAUCCACAGCGGAUGUCAAGGCUGUUCUGCCUAUUCAGAGUACUACUACUACCGCUACUUCGGUUUCCGCGCCCAACCCCUUUGAACCCCGGGCUUCCAACAACACCGAGAGGGCAUCAUCUCCGCCCAAGAGAAAGCACGAGGGCCCUGAUGUUCCCCUUAAUCCCAAGAGACAGGAGCUCGAGAACUCAGGGGUUGCUGUGCUCCCUGCUGCUGUACCACACGCAAAGGAGGAUGCAGAAGAGUCAGAUAGCGAUGACGACGCAAGUGUGCAUUUGAAUAUGGAAUUAGAAGAUGAUGACGAGGAUGAAGAUGAAGAAGAGUAA